ACUCAGCAGAUGUCUGAAAGCUUGGCAUCAGGGCUUUUUUUCCGCAGGGUUCAGUCCCUCCCAUAUGAAAAUGCGGCGCAAGGAACUGCACUCUGCGAAUUAAGCACCCUCCAACAAUAAAGUGUGGGGAUGAGGAGCCGGAGGGAACAGGCGCAAUGCAGCCUUAGUCCGCUUCCAGCUUAGGUUCAGCCACGCUCGCCUGGGUUUUUCUACAGACAAGAGUUGAAGAAGACAAGAGGAAUAGUCAUGUAGGAGCCUACCCACGCAGCGUGCUACCUAGCUGUCUACUGACUGGCCUACCUACCACUGCUUUUUGGAGCUGACAGGCUGCCAAGCAAUAAAUAAAUCAUCAAAAAACGCUGCAAUGCAGUGGGGGUCGCUUUCUGUACUCUCAGGCAGCCAAUGCGUGGAUAGAAGACGGCAUCUUCCUUCCUGUUCCUUUUCUCUCUACAGGGGUUUGAGGAGACAGCCACAACUGCGUUCUGUCUUUAACCAGACACGGGGCUAGCCGGCUACUACUGAAGGAUGGAUGCUUUGAUGGAUAGGAGGGUUUGAGCCUGAAGAGGGAGGGAAAGUUUUUAAAAGAGGGGCGGGAACAAGAGGAAGCAAAGGGGGGAGCAGCGGGAUGUGUAACGCAAGCGUGUGAAUGACAGACGCGGUGCAAAGAGGAACCAGAGAGGUGGAGUAAGGAGAUUCGGGCUGUCAGGAGCAGAAAGACAGCAAGGCCAGAAGAGGUUCACGGCCUGAGAGGAAAAAAACAGGCGGCCGGGGAGUGACAGACAGACAGGAGCUACGUGCUGGAGGAGAGAGAAGAAGGGACACACCGGAGAAAGGGAAGGAAGAAGGAGGAGGAGGAGGAGGGAGCAGACGAGGGAGAAUUUGAAUGUGUGAGACAAACGUGGACUGAAGCCAUCAUCACCUCAUGGUCCUGGAGCACAGACACAGGAGGAGAGGAGGAGCAGGAGAGCUGGACACGCACAGGGAACCGGAGAGCAGUGCACAGUGGACAGUGGUUCCUCCAGAGCAGACCAUGAUGGGGCUGUACUAUCCUGCACUGCUGCCGGGCUCCCAGGAUUCGACAGGAGGACAGGAAGGACUGGUAGCUCCGCCUUUUGCAGCGUUCCCCCCUCCACCCCCACCUCAAAACGGCCUACCCGGGACAGAAUUCGGCCCCGGGGCCAUGUUUGGUGCUGCGGGCCAGGGCACAGCAGAAGUAGGGGCCAGUGCAAAUGGAGCCAACGGUGCUGCCACUAACACAAACAAUAAUGUCAAGCCCGAGGAGUCGUCCCAAGGAGAGGCGGGGGUGCAGUGUGGGACAGGGGGCUCAGGAGGAACAGGAGGAGGGUCCCCAGGAGAUUCAGAGGCCAAAGGCGCUCCAAAAAGACUCCACGUUUCCAACAUCCCCUUCAGAUUCCGGGACCCAGACCUCAGGCAGAUGUUUGGGCAAUUUGGGAAAAUUCUUGAUGUAGAGAUUAUUUUCAACGAGAGGGGCUCAAAGGGUUUUGGCUUCGUGACAUUUGAGACCAGCGCAGAUGCAGAAAAAGCCAGAGAAAAGCUUCACGGCACGCUGGUGGAGGGCCGUAAGAUUGAGGUGAACAAUGCCACAGCCAGGGUGAUGACUAACAAGAAAAUGGUCAGCCCCUAUCCAAACGGAGAGGCUCUGAGUGCACUGCCUUAUGCAGGUUGGAAAUUGAGUCCCAUGGUGGGAGCGGUGUACGGCCCAGAGCUCUAUGCAGUGCCGGGGUUCCCGUACCCGUCAGCAGCUGCCGCAGCAGCCACCACAGCGGCGGCGGCGUUUCGCGGGGCACACCUCCGAGGGAGGGGUCGGCCCGUGUACAGCGCCGUGCGGGCCGCCGUGCCCCAGGCCGCCAUCCCCGCCUACCCCGGUGUGGUCUAUCAGGAUGGGUUUUACGGCGCUGCAGACUUGUAUGGGGGUUAUCCCGCUGCUGCUGCGGCCGCCGCCUAUCGCUACGCCCAACCGGCUGCUGUAACCGGGGCAACCGCUGCAGCCGCCGCCUACAGCGACAGUUAUGGCAGAGUGUACACUACAGACCCCUACCACGCUUUAGCCCCGGCUGCUGCUGCGUACGGAGUGGGAGCCAUGGCCAGUUUAUACCGGGCAGGCUACAGUAGAUUCGCUCCGUACUAAACCACAAAACUCCAGAGGAAUUUCACACGGCUCCAAAACACAAACCCGUUUUCCGGCUCUUUCCUUUGGCGAGGGCUCCCUUCCAUUACCCCGCCGACGGACUCUAGUGGCAACUCGUGUCGUGGUUUUUCCCUCCAUUUUUUUUUUUUUGCCUUGUUUUUUCUGUGGCGAAGAGGUCACCGCCACAUCGUCAACUUGCCUGUCCCUGUGCUUUUUAUGUCUCGGCGUCGACACGGAAACAACGGAAAAACUGCCACGUGAAAAUAGCCAGAGCUUAGUUUCGUCGGACCGGGGGCACUACUAUCAUGGGUUUUCUUUUUUAGCAGCACUACAGGACCGCGAGAGACUGAAAUCUGCACACUACGACCUAUUACAAACACUAUAUCCACUGCCCUAUUGUACAGUUCAACUCCAAGUAAAAGGAUUCCACUACAUUUCAAAGUGUCGGCUUGUGCGGAAAUGAACUGCCAUGGCCCACUUUAAGAAGGUACUCAGCAUCGACAUGACACUGCACCCCCCUGAUUGAAGCUGAAUUAAGGUUUGAACGAGAAAUGGACAGAAGAGAUGACGCUGGACUUUCUGUUGUGAACUCAUUUUGAAGAAAACCACUGUCAAAGCAACGCUAAUAAACGCAUGAGAAGUACCGUAGUCUUUCCCCCCAAAAAUGUGUACAAAAUCAUUUUAAACUGACAAGGAAAACGUGACUGUUUUUUUCUGCGUUACUUCAUUUUUUUUGCCAUGAUAGAUACAUGUGUCGUCCGUGUUCACUUCAUCGAGUCCCCCCCAGUGCGACAUAAGCUAGCCCUCGCAGCGCUGAUGCAACAUUUUUCCAUUCGGAGGCAACUUAAGGCCUGUCCGUGCAGUCGGUAUCUCCACAGAUCGCAGUCAGUCUUUGCCUUAAAAGGUUUCGACUCUGCUUAGGACGCCGCAAGACAUUCCAGUUAGCAGCCUCGUAGUAAUGAGUGGGUCACAUGGACGACCCAGCAGAAAGACGGAGAUUUGAAAGCAAGAACACCCACAAGGGGAGCUAAUCAUCUGCCAGUCAGCCAAAUGGAAAUAUGUCCCGGCCAAUUGAGAUGUAUUGAGAUAUUUCUGCCUGCGGGCUUUGGGCAUAGCGGCGUUCAUCAGAUGUGCACUCCAUAUAACCGAAAAUCCCAAUAGAGCAGCUGCAGGCGCGAAAUGGCCAAUCAAAAUUAUCAAGUCUAAUGAGGCUUACGGAAUCUGUGUGGCAAAUUUAUCUUGCUUCAGUAAUUAAUUUUGAAAUAGUCGCAGGGCAGCACAUUCUGUUUUAAGUUUAUCAUCGCGCUUUUUUAAAAAUUUACAAAUCAAAAGUUUCCUCCAUCCACAGGAAAAGGACUGUCUCUGUCAUGUAACCCACGUCUGUACUACUCUGCUUUAUACUGUUUUACAUUUUGUCUGUUUGGUUCCAAAGAUUUUCUUAAAAACAAGCACAUUUUUUUGGUAAUUAUGUAUUUCAUAUUUUGUCGUUACUUUUCGCCUUCACUUUUUUUUUGUUAUGUUUUCUGCCUUCGUUUGGUAAAGCAGCCGCAGAAAUGUCAACUACAAAAAAAAAACAAAAAAAAAAGGACCUGUUCAAAAGGUUAGGGUAAUUUAGCAAUUCUGACCUGCAAACAAAUCGGUCACUCAUUUUAAUAAUCGGCUCUGUGUGUGAAAGCCAGUGCGCUGCAGAGAAAGGGAAAAAUCCGAGCCACGAGGGACACAAACGGUAGAGGAUAUUUAUUCAUUCGCGUUCGCCUCGAGGUGAACGUGAGGAAAAUGUCCAGUCGAUGUCGAGCGGUGGUCACCUUGUGUGUGUGUGUGUGUGUGUGUGUGCGCGUGUGUGUGGUGCAGGGACUACCACAGUGAAGGUGACAAGCUGAGCCAUUAAUCAUUCUCUGACAGGACAGCCACGUUCCCCACUGUCUUUUUGUGUCGGGGCGCGGACAGAGUCAGGAGGAGUGAUGUUAUUGUGGAAAAAAAAAAAAAAAACAGUGUGCAGUAGGUCCAAUGAGUAUUUUUUGACGCGUAUACCUCUUUUUUGUCUUUAUUAUUCCUUAAAAGUAUUAUCAGAAGUGUUGCUAUGCAUGCUUUUGUGAGAGGAAAAGGUUUCACUUGUGCAUGAAUUUCGUAAUGCUGGAGGAAAUAUUGGGGGAGUUGACAAGGCGGCGGGGGAGGACCACACUACACCGGACCUUUAGAUCGAAAGAAACUACAGUGGCGGCAGAUUUACUCCAAUAUAUUCCGAGUUAUGAUCGCUCUGUGCCCCUGUGUCGUAAGAUAUUUAAUUUGGCAGUGCUGCUGACCCACUCUAAACUGAAACGGGCCCACUCGAUCUAAUUGUAAAGCUUAAUUAGUCCGGAGGGUGGACAGGUGCGUGGACGUCCUCCUCAGCCGCCGGCCCGUCCUGACUCUUAGCCGCUGACCCUUGGCUCCCUGCACUGUGCUCAAGUCAACCCAUUGGGAGUUUUUUUGUACAGGGAUUUACUAAGUGGUUUUGAAUUGCAUGUGCGCGUUUUUUCAUGUCACAUGCUCCAAAAAGACCCAAGUGAUGAUAUAUUUUUGUUUUGUUUUUUUUCAAUAAGUGACGUAUUUUCACAAUGUUUUACUUUGCCAUUCUUGUGUCUGCCUUCAGUUUAUUCCCUUUCAUUAUUAUUGAAUGUAUAUACUAAAUAAACUGUUUGGUUUUUA